GCUGUGGAACCGCCAUGGUUCUGCGUCCAUCGAGCAAAUCAAGCGGUCCAAGUGGAUAGCAGUGACGGUUUGGUGAUUUAGUGGCCGCUCCUAACUCUCCGUGGUUCUUGAGUGUGACAAGUGACAAGUUCGCGUCCCCCUUAAAAACCGCGUGCGUCUCUCAACUCUACUCUCUUUCUUUCAUCGUUGAACGACGUCAAGUGUUGACCGUGGUGUGGGGCAAGCCAGACCCCAACAAUCACAUGAAAAAUGGCAACGAUUAGCUGGCUUACGGUAGUGUUUGUGGCAUUGCUCGUACUGGUACAGCUUACAACUGGACAAGAGGUAUGUCCCGAGCCAUGCAGCUGCGAAUGCGAGGAAGUAAUGUCCUGCGUCGACUGUUCCGGUCGUGGCCUCACGCAGCUACCGGUUUUUGCUGAUCGAAACAUCCAAAUACUGGACCUCUCCGACAACCAGUUCACCGAGAUCCCGCGCGAACUGGCCCAGUUCCCGCGGCUCAACUAUUUGGACAUGUCAACGAACAACAUUAGCCAACUCCCCGAGGAUGCACUGGCCGGCAUGACUUCCCUUUCGAUUUUGAUUCUCUCCCAGAACUACAUCUCCAAUUGGGCCGAUCUACACCCGAACCGGCUGCUACUGCAGGCCACCAACCUGAAGGAACUCCGUCUAUCGAACAAUCAGUUCACGAGCUUCUCCAGCAAUGACGGUAGCCUGGUGCUGGCGAGCACCUCACUGCGCUACCUUGACCUCAGCAGCUGCCGGAUAGCGAAGGUUUCCGGGCCCGAAGUGAUCGGUGGACUGACCAACCUGGAGUACCUGAUACUGACCGACAAUCCGAUCGUCUCCGUCUCCAGUAUGGUGUCUCGGAGUUUGAAGAAACUUGAACUGAACAACUGCAAACUGGCCGCCCUUCAGCCAACCGUCUUCACGGGGCUGGAAGCGUUGAAGGAGGUCAAUCUGGCUCACAACUAUCGCCUCUCGCUCGGUUCUUCAGAGGAGCAAUCCAACGUCCAAUCGGGGAGUCUACGGAAGAUCAAUCUGUCACACUGCAACAUGAACUCGCUCGAUCUGCAAGGCUUCCCACAGCUCCAGGCGGCCAUUGUACGUGAAAACAUGAUUCAACAGCUUGGCCGCGACUCAUUCACCGGUACACCGCUGCUGGAGCAUCUUGAUCUAUCGUUUAAUUCGAUCCACAACAUCCACCCGGAAGCGUUUCGGCCGUUGCACCAUCUGAAGACGCUCGAUCUGUCCUUCAACAUGAUCUCGCGUGUCGAUGGCAAGCUGUUCAAGACGAACGAUCUACUGACGGACGUUAAUUUGAGUCGGAAUUUUAUCGGUCGAUUGAGUCGCAUCACGGCCGAAUCGCUCGCUUUCCUCAAUAUGAGCUGGUGCGAGAUCAUGAACAUUGAUUCGGAUGCACUCGCAUCGAUGGGCCGACUCGGUGAGCUCGAUCUGUCCCACAAUCUUCUGUCCGACAUUCCCGAUGCACUCUCGUCGGAUUCGCUGCAAACACUCGAUCUCAGUAUGUGCCGACUGUCGACGAUCCGGAAUGGUACGUUCACUGGUUUUCCCGAGCUGGCUCGACUCAAUCUGGCCGGUAAUCGGUUUACGACACCGUUCCGGGUUGACUUUUUCCGGGAUAAUCCGUAUCUGCGUGAGCUCCGACUGGGUGACAAUCCGUGGCGGUGCGAUUGCCGAAGUGAUGACUUUUUUCAAUUCUUCCAGUUCCUCACCGAUCCACCAGGGCGUAUUGGCGAUCGGAAGAACCUGUUGUGCAACACACCGGAGGACUUUUUCGGUUCGAGCUGGGAAGCGUCCUGCCGGUCCGUCUGGUAUCCGUACGAGACGAUGGGCAAUGCGGAACGGAUCUGGACCUGGCUCAUGGUUGGCAUUCUGUCCUUCUUCGGACUCUUCUGUCUCAUUUCGUCGAUCAAGAAGUUUGUCUCCGCCCGGCAGAAGCUUGCGGCCGAACGGGAACGUGCCGAGAACCUGCAGGAGUUGCGUGAAAUUGCCCGUGAGAACCGAGUGCGCCUGAUGAACGAUGCACCACAGAAUGCACCGGAUGCACGGGAAUCGAGGCCACCGUGCUACGAGGAUGCGAUCCUGUUGCCCAAAUUAGAUGCCGCUUCGUUUGCCUCACUCGACGAACUGAUGCUUCGUGGAAAGCGCAGGAAACGGCGACGUAAUCGACGUGCUUCAGGAGCCGAUCUGAAGGAUGAUGAAGACGAAGAGGACGUUCAGGAGCGUCUUCAGUUGCGCCAACGGCAGAGGACACGCAGUGAGGACGUUCUGUCAAGGCGGUUCGAGGACACCACACCGAGAUCGACCGCAAGUCCCGUGGUUUCGAUCUACGAACGCCCAACGUCAACGCGUGUCGUUACAGUGGCUCAAACUACGGCUGCUCCUGCCGUCCCUGCUGCUGCUGCUGCUGCUGAGGAAUCACCGAGACCGUCGACGAGUUCCGGAAGGCAACCAAAGACAACGGAAGAGCUACACUACGUUUCGAUCGAUUUGCUAAGCCUCGAUCAUGGUUCGAUGGGAGGCUCUUCCACAACGACCGGUCGUGGUACUCCCUCAUCCGGACCAGUAUCCCGCACCAACUCGAGCUCCCGGAGGAGUGAAACCGAACCGAUCGAAAGCUUCACCGGUGUUAGCCAUAGUCCGUAUGCGAAGCGGAAGGUGAAACCUUUGCAGCACAUCAAUCGCAACGGGAGCAUCGAUGAGAUCACGGAUUUUGCCGAUCGACAGACGAGUCCGUACGCUAAACGGCGCAAUCCUUUGAUGUCCAGCUUCCGGCGACCGGGAGGAGGGAAGGAUCAGACGGAAAAAUUGCCCCCAAUUCCGACCGAACCGCCUCCACCGCUACCGAGUAGCUCGCGGCCGCCGUCAGCCAUCCAGUUGGUGGAGGAUUACUUCCAGCCACCGGAUCAGAUGAUGCGGCUUGAGGAUGAGCUGGAUGAUUAUGCUGUGAUUCCAUUGGCCGAAGGGCGACGGUUGGUGGUGGAGGAGGAGGAUGGACUGCCGUCGACAGAACCGCAACCAUCGACAUCCGGUCGAUCGCGGCCACCGGUGAGCAUAGCGAUCGAUGAUUUUCCGCCCAACUCGAGUGACUCCAGUGACGCCACCAGUGGGGUCAGCAUUGAGAUCAUACCGGCGAGGGAGCACCAGACACGAUGAGGCUUCCCUCCCCCACCCCCUGUAUCGCCAUCAUUACCCUAUGCGCUCUAUCUAGUUAGUUCCAUGUAGGUUUCCAGGUCGAUGAUGACAGUCACCGGUGCAUUCGUUAGUACAAGGAUUAAUAAAAGUAAUUAAUUAUUAUCGUAAACCGA